AUGGGAUGCAGUGAAAUCAUGCGUAAUCUCGGGGAGCUUAUAAUGAACAAUAAGCUGGUCACCUUCCUGAGUGUGGCCCUGUUUGCGUUCGUGAUCACUGUUAUAGCACUAGCGGUGUCAAACAAUAACAAUGCUGACGAUUUAGAGCAAUGCCGGGCAGAUGUGGCAAGACUCCUGCUAUUAACGUCGACUGCGGCACCGACAGCAACUCCGGAAACCACUACGAUAGCAACACCGGAAACAACUACGACACCUGUCACCGAAGCGACAGUCGUUCCCCCCUAG